AUGUCCGGUCACAAGAGGCAGAUCUCGCGCGCCAAUGGCCAGGAAAUCAACGUCGACGUCCUCGUUAUCGGUGCCGGUCCAACUGGUCUGGGUGCCGCUAAGCGUCUGAACCAGAUUGACGGCCCCUCGUGGUUGAUUGUCGACAGCAACGAGGUUCCCGGUGGUCUGGCCUCCACAGACAUCACUCCAGAGGGUUUCCUCUACGAUGUCGGUGGCCACGUCAUCUUCUCCCACUACAAGUACUUCGACGACGUGAUCGAUGAGGCCCUCCCCAACGAGUCCGACUGGUACCACCACCAGCGUAUCUCCUAUGUCCGCUACAAGGGCAUCUGGGUGCCAUACCCGUUCCAGAACAACAUCGCAGCUCUGCCAAAGGAGGACCAGGUUCCUUGCAUGGAGGGUAUGAUCGAUGCAGCCCUGGAGUCAAGAGUCGUUCGUGCCCCACCAAAGGACUUCGAUGAGUGGAUUCUGAGGACAAACGGCGCGGGUGUCGCCAAUGCCUUCAUGAGGCCGUACAACUACAAGGUCUGGGCUGUGCCGACCACUAAGAUGCAAGCUGCAUGGCUCGGCGAGCGUGUUGCUGCCCCCGAUCUCAAGAAGGUCACUACCAACAUCAUCCUCAACAGAGCUGCUGGUGGAUGGGGUCCAAACGCCACUUUCCGCUUCCCAGCACACGGCGGUACCGGUAACAUCUGGAUCAGUGUUGCCAACACCCUGCCCAAGGAGAAGACUCGUUUCGGCAAGCAUGGUGAGGUCCAGCUUGUGGACGCAGAGGGCAAGCGUGUGCUCCUUGGUGAUGGCACGACUGUCAACUACCAGAAGCUCGUCUCCACCAUGUCUGUCGACUUCCUCGUCGAGAGCAUGAAGAACGAGGAGCUCAUCAAGCUCAGCAAGGGUCUGUUCUACAGCACCACCCACGUCAUUGGUGUUGGUGUCCGUGGUGAGCGUCCAGAGCGCAUUGGCGACAAGUGCUGGCUCUACUUCCCAGAGGACAACUGCCCAUUCUACCGCGCCACGAUCUUCUCCAACUACUCGCCAAACAACCAACCUCAGGCUUCCAAGAAGCUCAAGACUCUGCAGCUCGCAGACGGCAGCAAGCCAUCGAGCAGCGAGGAGAAGGAGGGCCCAUACUGGAGCAUCAUGCUUGAGGUUUCUGAAUCCAGCAUGAAGCCAGUCGACCGCGCAAACCUCUUGAAGGAUAGCAUCCAGGGUCUCGUCAACACCGACAUGCUCAAGCCUGGAGAUGAGAUUGUCUCGACCUACCACCGCGCCUUCGACCACGGCUACCCUACCCCGACUCUCGAGCGUGAGGGCGUGCUGAAGCAGCUUCUGCCUAAGCUCCAGGAUCUCGACAUCUUGUCGCGUGGCCGAUUUGGCAGCUGGAGAUACGAGGUCGGCAACCAGGACCACAGCUUCAUGCUGGGCGUGGAAGCCGUCGACCACGUCGUCAACGGUGCCACCGAGCUUACCCUCAACUACCCCGAUUUCGUCAACACCCGCGCCAACCACGAGAGGAGAUUGGUUGACGGCGCUCAGGCGUUCAAGCAGCACAAGAUGAACAACGGCAUUCCAACCCGCCCAAAGGAGGCAUAG